AUGGAUGAGUUUGGCGCAUACGUCGUGUUGGGACUCUCCGAAGGAUGCAGUGCGGCCGACGUACGACGGGCUUACCGACGCCUUGCCCUCCUGUGCCACCCAGACAAGAACCCCGAGCAGAAUGCAGAGGCGGAAGAACGGUUCAGGGACAUUGCCUCUGCGAAAGACUACUUGUUGGAGAAGCUGGGAAAGGCUCCCCUCUCCCUCGGCGGGCUUCUCUCUGCCGCCCAGCGCCGAAGAGCGCGGUGGUGCAAGCCGGGUCCGGUUCGCGUCGAACGAGUGGUGCCGGUGAAGCCGCAGCAGCCACCGCGCGUCGUGGUUUGGGCCUGCCAUGUUUGCGAAGUCGACUGCCUCGGUGGCUACUCGCCGGGUGCCAAGAAAGAUCGCUUGCAGCCAUGCAUCCAACCGAAUCCGCAAACAGUCUGCUUCUGUGGACAUCCACUUUCUGAUCAUCGGCAUGCUGCGACUCCUUCGGCAGAUGGUUGGGAGAAGUGUCAGCGCUGCCCCUGUGCCAAGUUUACAUACGUGCAGCCCCAUUCGCGCUGCAACUGUGGACACAGCAAUCUGGAGCACAGCCCCACGGGCUUCUUCGCCUGCAAAGUGGACGGCUGCCCCUGCCAAACUUUCCACGACCCCGGCACCUGCCGCGUGUGCGGUCACGACUGGGUUAGCCACCGCACGGAACUCCGGCACUCGGUGCCUCCGCCGCCGCCGCCGCCACGCUCGCCCAGCCGGUCUUCCGAUUCGUCUUCCGACGCGAUCUUUGUGCGAUACAGACCCGUGCCGUUGAAGCCGGCUC